UCAGCGAAGCCAACUUUGGCAGCCGCGGGUCUGAAAUUUCCAGCCCUGGGAAUGAGGUGCACUGCACAGGCUGAAAGGGCCGCCUGCGGGAUUUUAUUGUAGAAAAUAUUUGCGUGAGUAUUAUUGGCAGACAGUCCUGUCAGAUUGAAGAUCCCAAGCUACUGAAGACCUGGGCUUAUACAGAAAAGACGCACGGAGGAAACCGUCAGCUGUUGGCAAAAGCCGGUCCAAGACAACCGAUCGGAUAAAUGGCUAAAAAGUCUUCCGGGGCGUAUUCCAUAAUCCUAGGAUGGUGUUGAGUCGUUUUGCUCCUUUUGGAGGGAAUUCCUGACAUUCUCGUGGGCUCUUGUUGAGAUUCACAACAGGAGAAGGACAAUCAUUAGACCAUCCCUGUGUGUGAGCGUGAAGCAUUUGGUGACCGAGGUGCCAAGGAAGGACUGAAGGACACUUUGCUGACGGACCCAGCCGGCCCCCGGAUUCCCUUGCCGUGCGGAUGUUACCUGGAACCUGCUGGGAGGAAGGGCCUUGUGUGGAACCUGCAUCUAUUCUGCCAGGAGAGCUGAAGAGCAGCCCGCCCGCCGGCCGGCAGCAUGGUCGCGCUGUCGCUGAAGAUCUGUGUCCGCCACUGCAAUGUGGUCAAGACGAUGCAGUUCGAGCCCUCCACGGCCGUGUACGACGCGUGCCGGGUCAUCCGCGAGCGGGUGCCGGAGGCCCAGACGGGGCAGGCAUCCGACUAUGGGUUAUUCCUGUCUGAUGAAGAUCCGCGGAAGGGCAUUUGGCUUGAAGCUGGAAGGACCCUGGAUUACUACAUGCUGCGGAACGGGGAUAUUUUGGAAUACAAAAAGAAGCACCGGCCACAGAAGAUACGGAUGCUGGAUGGUGCAGUGAAGACGGUGAUGGUGGACGACUCGAAGACCGUCGGGGAAUUGUUGGUCACCAUUUGUAGUCGGAUAGGAAUAACAAAUUAUGAAGAGUACUCCUUAAUCCAAGAGGGCACCGAAGAAAAAAAGGAGGAGGGUACCGGGACCCUGAAGAAAGAUCGCACGCUCUUGCGGGAUGAGAAGAAGAUGGAGAAACUGAAGGCAAAGCUGCAUACAGAUGACGACCUGAACUGGUUGGAUCACAGUCGGACAUUUCGGGAGCAAGGAGUAGACGAGAACGAGACUCUGCUGCUGAGACGGAAGUUCUUCUACUCAGACCAGAAUGUUGACUCGAGAGACCCUGUUCAGCUCAACCUGCUUUAUGUACAGGCUCGUGAUGACAUUCUUAAUGGCUCCCAUCCUGUAUCCUUUGAGAAGGCGUGUGAAUUCGGAGGUUUCCAAGCUCAGAUCCAGUUCGGCCCUCACGUGGAGCACAAGCACAAGCCUGGCUUUUUAGAUCUCAAAGAAUUCCUUCCCAAAGAAUACAUCAAGCAACGAGGAGCUGAGAAGAGGAUAUUUCAGGAACACAAGAACUGCGGAGAGAUGACGGAAAUCGAAGCCCGGGUGAAGUACGUGAAGCUAGCUCGAUCGCUGAGGACCUACGGUGUCUCCUUUUUCCUUGUUAAGGAGAAGAUGAAGGGCAAAAACAAGCUGGUCCCCCGCCUGCUGGGCAUCACCAAGGAGUCAGUGAUGCGGGUCGACGAGAAAAGCAAGGAGGUCCUGCAGGAGUGGCCCCUGACGACCGUGAAGCGCUGGGCCGCCUCCCCGAAGAGCUUCACUUUGGACUUUGGGGAGUAUCAGGAAAGUUACUACUCCGUGCAAACCACUGAAGGGGAGCAGAUCUCUCAGCUGAUUGCGGGCUACAUCGACAUCAUCCUGAAAAAGAAGCAAAGCAAGGACCGGUUUGGACUGGAAGGGGACGAGGAAUCGACCAUGUUGGAAGAAUCCGUGUCGCCUAAAAAGUCGGCCAUCUUCCAGCAGCAGUUCAGCCGAACCGGGAAGGUGGAGCACGGCUCGGUGGCGCUGCCGGCGGUCAUGCGUUCGGGCUCCACUGGGCCGGAGACGUUCAAUGUCGGCAGCAUGCCCUCGCCCCAGCAGCAGGUGACGGUCGGCCAGAUGCACCGGGGCCACAUGCCCCCCCUGACCUCCGCUCAGCAAGCCCUGAUGGGGACCAUCAGCACCAGCAUGCAUGCCGUUCAGCAGGCGCAGGCCGACCUCACCGAAGUCGACAACCUCCCGCCUUUAGGAAACGACAUGGCCUCCAGAGUCUGGGUUCAGAACAAAGUGGAUGAGUCAAAGCAUGAGAUACACUCUCAGGUGGAUGCCAUCACCGCCGGGACGGCCUCCGUGGUGAACCUAACAGCAGGUGACCCGGUAGACACUGACUACACGGCCGUGGGCUGUGCCAUCACCACCAUCUCGUCCAACCUCACCGAGAUGUCCAAAGGGGUCAAGCUUCUUGCUGCGCUGAUGGACGAUGAGGUUGGAAGCGGGGAGGACCUCCUGAAAGCCGCGCGGACCCUGGCCGGAGCCGUCUCAGACCUGCUGAAAGCUGUGGAGCCAACGUCGGGAGAGCCUCGCCAGACGGUCCUGACAGCUGCCGGGAGCAUCGGCCAAGCCAGUGGGGACCUGCUUAGGCAGAUCGGAGAGAACGAGACGGACGAGCGGUUCCAGGAUGUGCUGAUGAGCCUUGCCAAAGCGGUCGCCAACGCCGCCGCCAUGCUGGUGCUGAAGGCCAAGAACGUGGCCCAGGUGGCUGAGGACGCAGUCCUGCAGAACCGGGUGAUCGCGGCUGCCACGCAGUGCGCGCUCUCCACCUCUCAGCUCGUAGCCUGCGCGAAGGUGGUGAGUCCCACCAUCAGCUCCCCGGUCUGCCAGGAGCAGCUGAUCGAGGCAGGCAAGCUGGUGGACCGCUCGGUGGACAACUGCGUCCGAGCCUGCCAGGCGGCCACGGACGACACGGAGCUGCUCAAGCAGGUCAGCGCCGCGGCCAGCGUGGUGAGCCAGGCCCUGAGCGACCUCCUCCAGCACGUCCGCCAGUUCGCCAGCCGCGGGGAGCCCAUCGGGCGCUACGACCAGGCCACGGACACGAUUAUGUGCGUCACCGAGAGCAUCUUCAGCUCCAUGGGCGAUGCUGGUGAAAUGGUACGGCAGGCCAGGGUCCUAGCUCAAGCGACCUCGGAUCUCGUGAACGCCAUGAGGUCAGAUGCGGAGGCGGAAAUCGACAUGGAGAAUUCCAAGAAACUUUUGGCUGCUGCAAAACUUCUGGCCGACUCAACAGCCCGGAUGGUUGAGGCUGCAAAGGGAGCUGCAGCCAAUCCGGAAAACGAGGACCAGCAGCAGAGGCUCCGAGAAGCGGCUGAAGGCUUGCGGGUGGCCACCAACGCCGCUGCCCAGAACGCCAUCAAGAAGAAAAUUGUGAACCGACUGGAGGUUGCUGCCAAGCAAGCCGCGGCCGCCGCCACACAGACCAUCGCAGCCUCGCAGAAUGCCGCCCUCUCGAACAAGAACACGGCAGCGCACCAGCAUCUGGUCCAAAGCUGCAAGAACGUCGCGGACCACAUCCCGCAGCUCGUGCAGGGUGUGAGGGGCAGCCAAGCGCAGGCCGAGGACCUGAGUGCCCAGCUCGCCUUGAUCAACUCCAGCCAGAACUUCCUGCAGCCGGGGAGCAAGAUGGUCGCCUCCGCCAAGGCGGCGGUGCCCACGGUGACCGACCAGGCUGCGGCCAUGCAGCUGAGCCAAUGCGCCAAGAACCUGGCCACCAGCCUCGCCGAGCUGAGGACCGCCUCCCAGAAGGCGCACGAAGCGUGCGGGCCCAUGGAGAUCGAUUCUGCCCUGAACACCGUCCAGACGCUCAAGAAUGAGCUGCAGGAUGCCAAGAUGACGGCCAUGGACGGGCAGCUGAAGCCUCUUCCGGGAGAAACGCUCGAAAAGUGCGCUCAGGACCUGGGAAGCACCUCCAAGGCCGUGGGAUCCUCGAUGGCCCAGCUGUUGACCUGCGCGGCCCAAGGCAACGAGCAUUACACAGGGGUCGCAGCCAGGGAGACUGCUCAGGCGCUGAAGACGCUGGCCCAGGCUGCCCGGGGGGUGGCCGCAUCGACCAGCGACCCAGCGGCCGCGCAUGCCAUGCUGGACUCGGCACGGGAUGUGAUGGAGGGCUCAGCCAUGCUCAUCCAGGAAGCGAAGCAGGCCCUCGUGGCACCGGGCGAUGCCGAAAGCCAGCAGAGGCUGGCCCAGGUGGCCAAGGCGGUGUCUCACUCGCUGAACAAUUGUGUGAACUGCCUCCCCGGCCAGAAGGACGUCGAUGUGGCUCUGAAGAGCAUCGGGGAAUCCAGCAAAAAAUUGCUCGUGGAAUCGCUGCCCCUCAGCUCCAAAUCCUUCCAAGCAGCCCAGAGCGAGCUCAACCAGGCCGCGGCGGAUCUGAACCAGUCGGCGGGGGAGGUCGUCCAUGCGACCCGGGGCCAGAGCGGGGAGCUGGCGGCCGCUUCCGGAAAGUUCAGCGAGGACUUUGACGAGUUCCUCGACGCGGGGAUCGAAAUGGCUGGGCAAGCUCAGACUAAAGAGGACCAGAUACAAGUAAUAGGAAACCUGAAAAAUAUCUCUAUGGCUUCCAGCAAGCUGCUUCUGGCUGCCAAGUCUCUCUCGGUGGACCCAGGGGCACCCAAUGCCAAGAAUCUUUUAGCGGCGGCCGCAAGGGCGGUGACCGAGAGCAUCAACCAGCUCAUCACCCUGUGUACGCAGCAGGCCCCUGGGCAGAAGGAGUGUGACAAUGCUCUGCGGGAACUGGAGACGGUGAAAGAGAUGCUGGAAAACCCCAACGAGCCCGUGAGCGACCUCUCCUACUUCGACUGCAUUGAAGGCGUCAUGGAAAACUCCAAGGUGCUUGGUGAGGCGAUGGCCGGGAUCUCUCAAAAUGCCAAGACCGGCGACCUUCCCGUCUUUGGCGAGUGUGUCGGAGUGGCUUCCAAGGCGCUCUGUGGGCUGACUGAAGCAGCAGCUCAGGCUGCCUACUUGGUCGGCAUCUCGGACCCCAACAGCCAGGCCGGCCAGCACGGUCUCGUUGAUCCAAUCCAGUUUGCCAGGGCCAAUCAGGCCAUUCAAAUGGCAUGUCAGAACUUGGUGGACCCAGCCAGUAGCCCUUCCCAGGUGCUGUCAGCCGCCACCAUCGUAGCCAAGCAUACCUCUGCGCUCUGCAAUGCCUGCCGGAUCGCUUCGUCGAAGACCGCCAACCCCGUUGCAAAGAGGCACUUUGUGCAGUCCGCCAAGGAGGUGGCAAACAGCACCGCCAACCUGGUUAAAACGAUCAAGGCCUUGGAUGGCGACUUCUCAGAAGAAAACCGCACCAAGUGCCGGAUCGCCACAGCCCCGUUGAUUGAAGCCGUGGAAAACCUGACGGCCUUUGCAUCGAACCCUGAGUUUGUCAGCAUACCGGCCCAGAUCAGUGCGGAGGGGUCCCGCGCGCAGGAGCCCAUCCUGGCGGCUGCGCGGACCAUGCUGGAGGGCUCCGCUGCCUUGAUCCGGACGGCUCGCUCGCUGGCCAUCCACCCCAAGGACCCCUCGACCUGGUCCGUCCUUGCCGGGCACUCCCACACGGUGUCCGAGGCCAUCAAGAGCCUCAUCACCUCCAUCAGGGACAAAGCCCCCGGGCAGCGGGAGUGCGACUGCUCCAUUGACGGGAUCAACAGGUGCAUCCGGGACAUCGAGCAGGCCUCCCUGGCCACCGUCAGCCAGAGCUUGGCCACGAGGGACGACAUCUCCGUGGAGGCCCUGCAGGAGCAGCUGACCUCGGUCGUCCAGGAAAUCGGGCACCUCAUCGAUCCCAUCGCCACGGCCGCUCGGGGCGAGGCGGCCCAGCUUGGGCACAAGGUGACUCAGCUGGCCAGCUACUUCGAGCCGCUGGUCCUCGCCGCGGUUGGGGUCGUCUCCAAGCUGAUGAGCCACCAGCAGCAGAUGAAUCUGCUGGACCAGACCAAGACGCUGGCGGAAUCUGCACUGCAGAUGCUGUAUGCGGCCAAGGAAGGCGGCGGAAACCCGAAGGCGUCGCACACGCACGAUGCCAUCACGGAGGCGGCGCAGCUGAUGAAGGAGGCGGUGGACGACAUCAUGGUGACCCUGAACGAAGCGGCCAGCGAGGUCGGCAUGGUGGGGAACAUGGUGGACUCCAUCGCCGAGGCCAUGAGCAAGCUGGACGAGGGCACCCCGCCAGAGCCGGCGGGAUCCUUUGUGGACUACCAGACCACCGUGGUCAAGUACUGCAAAGCGAUUGCCGUAACGGCCCAGGAGAUGAUGACGAAGGCGGUCACCAAUCCGGAGGAGCUGGGAGGACUCGCUUCGCAGAUGACCACGGACUACGGGCAUCUGGCGUUCCAGGGACGGAUGGCAGGAGCCACCGCAGAGCCGGAGGAGAUAGGCUUCCAGAUCCGAACACGGGUUCAAGAACUCGGGCACAGCUGCAUCUUUCUGGUCCAGAAGGCCGGUGCACUGCAGAUCUGUCCCAGCGACAGCUACACCAAGAGGGAGCUGAUCGAGUGUGCUCGGGCCGUCAGCGAAAAGGUGUCCCUGGUUUUGUCCGCCCUGCAGGCAGGGAACAAGGGCACCCAGGCCUGCAUCACGGCGGCCAGCGCCGUGUCCGGCAUCAUCGCCGACCUGGACACCACCAUCAUGUUCGCCACCGCCGGGACGCUCAAUGCCGAGAACAACGAGUCCUUCGCGGACCACAGGGAAAACAUCCUGAAGACGGCAAAGGCUCUGGUGGAAGACACAAAGCUGCUGGUCUCGGGGGCCGCCUCGAGCCAGGAGAAGCUUGCCCAGGCCGCCCAGUCCUCCGCAAGCACCAUCACCCAGCUGGCCGAGGUGGUGAAACUGGGGGCGGCCAGCCUGGGCUCGGAUGACCCGGAGACCCAGGUUGUCCUGAUCAAUGCCAUUAAGGACGUCGCGAAGGCCUUGUCCGACCUCAUUGGCGCGACUAAAGGAGCGGCGAGCAAGCCGGCCGAUGAUCCCUCCAUGUACCAGCUCAAGGGCGCUGCCAAGGUGAUGGUCACGAAUGUCACGUCGCUCCUGAAGACGGUGAAAGCUGUAGAAGAUGAAGCCACGCGUGGCACACGGGCCCUGGAGGCCACCAUCGAGUACAUCAAGCAGGAGCUCACGGUUUUUCAGUCCAAGGAAGUUCCCGAAAAGACCUCGUCUCCCGAAGAAUCGAUCCGUAUGACGAAAGGCAUCACCAUGGCGACGGCGAAAGCUGUGGCAGCUGGGAACUCGUGCCGGCAGGAGGACGUGAUCGCCACGGCCAACCUGAGUCGCAAAGCCGUUUCCGACAUGCUGGCAGCCUGCAAGCAAGCCUCGUACCACCCGGACGUCAGCGAAGAGGUCCGAGCAAGAGCGCUGCGCUACGGAACCGAGUGCACCCUGGGAUACCUGGAGCUGCUGGAGCAUGUCCUCACAAUUCUCCAGAAACCCAGCCCAGAGCUGAAGCACCAGCUGGCCGGCUUGUCCAAGCGGGUGGCCGGCGCCGUGACGGAGCUCAUACAGUCAGCGGAAGCCAUGAAAGGCACCGAAUGGGUCGAUCCCGAGGACCCCACCGUCAUCGCCGAGACGGAGCUGUUGGGAGCUGCCGCGUCCAUCGAAGCCGCGGCAAAGAAGUUGGAGCAGCUGAAACCGAGAGCCAAGCCCAAGCAAGCAGACGAGACCCUCGACUUCGAAGAGCAGAUCCUCGAGGCAGCCAAGUCCAUCGCCGCCGCCACCAGUGCCCUUGUGAAGUCUGCGUCGGCUGCUCAACGGGAGCUGGUCGCCCAGGGCAAGGUUGGAGCCAUCCCCGCCAACGCCGCCGAUGAUGGACAGUGGUCGCAGGGGCUCAUUUCUGCCGCCAGGAUGGUGGCAGCUGCCACCAGCAGCCUCUGCGAAGCGGCCAACGCUUCCGUGCAGGGCCACGCCAGCGAGGAGAAGCUGAUCUCCUCGGCCAAGCACGUGGCGGCGUCCACGGCACAGCUGCUGGUGGCUUGCAAGGUGAAGGCCGACCACGACUCCGAGGCCAUGAGGAGGCUGCAGGCUGCAGGCAACGCGGUCAAGCGUGCGUCGGACAACCUGGUCAGGGCCGCCCAGAAGGCCGUGUUCAGCAAAGCAGACGACGACGACGUGGUGGUGAAGACCAAGUUCGUGGGAGGCAUCGCCCAGAUCAUCGCAGCGCAGGAGGAGAUGCUGAAGAAGGAGCGGGAGCUCGAGGAGGCGAGGAAGAAGUUGGCCCAGAUCCGCCAGCAGCAGUACAAAUUUCUCCCGACUGAACUGCGGGAAGAUGAAGGCUAAGCAUCUUCUGCUGGGUUUGCUUGAGAAAAACGGAGCAGAGGGGGCACGCUCCGGGGAGGAACUCGGACCAGCACUUACCAAAACGGGCUUCGGGGGGCGGGGGAGAAGCGGCCGGUCGGCUCCUCUUCCUCGGCCCUUCAGCUGCAGGGUUGUGGUCAGCAACCGGAGGUACAGUGUUAGCGGCUGCCCUUCCCACCCUUGUUUGCUGUAUCUCAGGAGAGAAAGGGCCUCGCUUUUUUUACAAAAGGGGUUAAAAAGUCAGUAUUACAUCAUAACCUGAAGUUCUGCUCUAUUUAUUAUUCUCUUUGACCUGUGUUAAGGACCUUUGGCAUUAUAAUACAUAGGAAAACGGCACGGAGAAGUCCGUGUCACAGAUAAGCUACGCAACUGGAAGUGCGGGGUCCUUUCCUUUAGGUCCCUGCCCUUCUCUCCCUUGGAGGCCGGGGCCGGGGCCAUGGCAGCCUCGCGAAACCACCCAGACACCUGAACACGUCGGCUUCCCAGGGGGGCGCCAGUUCCUUGCCGCACCGUAGGGCUGGUUCUCUCCUAAAAGUGAGCAAUCCUUUCUUGGUACCUGUUUGCACUAGAAAUAUGCUUUUUGGCACACCGUCAGACAGCCUCCUGUCCGCAUUGUUUGGGGGGAUUCGUGAUUCGGGCCCGGAGGAUUUGGGAUUGUUGGCCUUUGGGGGAAUUCAGUAACCCCUGCCUGCCAAAAAGACGAAUCUGUUUUUAAAAGUCCACAGUAGCAGGUUUCUGAAGGAAAAUGCCAUUUCAUUUAUAUACCUCUUGCUUAGAAGAUACAAAACACACGUUCUGAACAAUAAACUCCAUGACAUUUCUCUCUCA